AUGCUAUCAAACUUUCCAAAGGCAGUGCGCACUAUAAUCGCCAUCAUUGUCCUGCUUUUCAUAGUUGAGACAUUACUCAUUUUGUCAAAUGGACGCUCACAUGCGUCUUUUUAUGAAUUCCACAACGGACCCCUUCCAAAACCUAUUGGUGAUGCCUUGGAUUGGUCUCGCUUUGCCUACACGCAAUAUGUUACCGAUACACCCUAUCUGUGUAACUCAGUUAUGCUCUUUGAAGCUCUCAAUCGCUUGCAAAGCAAAGCUGAUCGUAUCAUGAUGUACCCGUCGGAAUUUUCGCUAGACGAAAGUGACAGCGGGACGGAAAGUCGACUUCUCCGCAAAGCUCGAGAUGAAUACAAGGUCAAGCUAGUGCCCAUCCAACUCCAAAUUCGAGAUGACGGUGAUGAAACAUGGCAGGCGAGCUUCACCAAGCUUCUUGCCUUCAACCAAACGCAAUAUGAUCGUGUCCUGGGCCUUGAUUCAGAUGCCACCCUGCUACAGCAUAUGGAUGAAUUGUUCUUGAUGCCGCCAUGUCCUCUAGCUCUACCUCGAGCUUACUGGCUUAACCCGGAUGAACGUAUAAUGACCUCUGCGCUUUUGCUCAUUCAGCCUUCUCACUUUGAAUUUAAUCGCAUCAUGACAGCCAUUGAGACAGCCGGUCCCUCCGAUUAUGAUAUGGAGGUUAUGAAUCAUCUCUACAGAGAUAGUGCGCUCAUCUUGCCGCACCGUCCUUACAUCAUGUUGUCUGGAGAACUCCGCAACAAUAAUCACUCGAAAUAUCUGGGGAAUAGCAAUGAGACUUGGAAUCCCGAUAAAAUGCUCAAGGAGGCCAAAUUCGUGCAUUUCUCUGAUUGGCCAAUUCCAAAGCCUUGGGUCGAUCUCCCUUCUAGUAUCAUGGAUACGAAUCAACCUUCCUGUCACAUGGACAUGAGUGGGCAUCUAGACUGUCGUGAUCGUGACUAUUGGUUAGAACUAUAUGCAGACUUCACCAAACGACGAAUGAAUGUAUGUGGCCUGUAA